AUGGCCUUUACUUGCAGCAGAGCUUCUUUCUUCUUUCACGACCGGGUUCGAUACGGCAGCAGGAGAUGGAGAGGUAUGCCUUGUCUUCAUACUAACUCCACUGUUGUUGUUUUCGCCAACAAUUACUUUGCUUUCCUUCACUCUCAACCUUCUAAACCUAUCAAAUUUAUAAGAACCCAACUAGAGCAGGCAGUGAGAAACUCUCUCAAAAUCACAACUGUUGAGGAUGCUUUCAAUGUGUUUGAUAGAAUGCUUCAAAAGCGUCCUCUGCCUUCACUUGUUCGUUUCACUCAAAUCUUGACUCAAGUUGCGAAAUUGAAACAUUAUUCGGCAGUCAUCUCAUUGUAUAACCAAAUGGGUGCGUCGGGAAUCCUGAUGUUUAUACUCUAA